CUUUAUUAUCAAGUUGACAGGUACACACGUCAGCUUACCACUUUUUCUCUUUUCCAUUCUUUUUCUUUUCCUUUUACUGCACUACCCAAUCCAAAUCCAAAUAAAAAAUACAUAUAUUUAUUAUUAUUUUACUUAAGCUCCAAAAUAAAACACGUGGCGUAAUGAUAUUGACACGUUGAAGUUCAACACGGACCAAAAUCAAAAUCCAUACCCAGAAAACAAAACCAAUAAUUAAACGGAUAAGAUCAAACACGUCUACCCACAUCAUCUUCAGCUUCUAUAUAACCAAAACCCAUUUUCAUUUCCAUCUUUCAUCACCAUUUUCAAACCCUCAUCUUAUCCAAAAAUACAAUUCUAUUUAUACUUUCAAGUUGUUACCAGCAUUAUCCAUUUCAAAUUCAUCGAAAUUCCACCGAAUUUUCCAUCCGUUAUAUAAUCAAUUGGAUUGUUUCACAGUUUACAAUUACGUAUCUUGUAAUCGACAAUGGCGGCAUCACUAACAAUGGCGGCAAUGACAGCCUAUUCUUCUUCUUCUUCUUCUUCUUCAUCUUCUUCUUUUACAUUCUUGAAGAACAAUAAAAAGGUAAUGCCGAUGAAGAGAAAUCGUAAAAAUCGAGUAGGAUUUGUUUCUGCUUCUGCGACUAGUACUUUAAUGGAUCCUUACCAAACUCUUUCUGUUCAUCCUGGUUCGUCCGAAUCUGAGGUUAAGAAAGCCUUUCGACGCCUCGCUUUACAGUAUCAUCCAGAUGUGUGCAGAGGAGAUAAUUGCACAGUCCAAUUUUACCAGAUCAAUGAAGCAUACGAUAUGGUGAUGAAUAAUUUGAGAGAGAAAAGCAGAGCAGAAGAAGAAAUGGAAACAUAUUGUGAUGCAGAUGAUUUGUGGGAAGAAUGGAUGGGAUGGGAAGGUGCUGGAAUUAGAGAUUAUUCAUCCCAUAUUAAUCCAUACAUCUAAUUUUAAUUGUUGUCAAUUAGAUGUAUUGGGUAGUUGUAUUGAUUAAGUAGUUAAAAAGUGUACAUUAAAUAAUGUUUUUCUUUUCUCUAUAUUUUCAUGAGAUUUGACUAUUUGAGAACCAAAGGAGUGGAUCUCAAUUUCUCCUGAUUAGAUUUUGUGUACAGAAUAAUAAUUUCUGCUACUUUUUCGAUUUAAAUUACUUGUAAUAUUUGCUUUUUUAUAUGAUUUAAUGUAUUAAUUUAAUUAUUAAUAUCUCUAAUUAUAUAUAAUAAAAAAUUAUAAAAUUAUGAUA